GUUUACACCUCUACUCCCCGAGGUAUCGUUAUUCUAUACUGAGAAUCUUUCCUACUUCAAGUGAGCUGCUCUGAUUUCCAACGCGACAAUUUGUUCGGUUAUAGCGCGAGCGUCUAUCGCGCGGAGCACAUCGGUUAUACACGUUCCAACAAAGGAAUAAUCAUGGAGGGUGCCCAGCCACAAACAAGCACGGAGAGUGCCCAGCCACAAACAAGCACGGGGAGUGCCCAGCCACAAACACGCACGGGGAGUGCCCAGCGACAAACAAGCACGGGGAGUGUCCAGCCACAAACAAGCACGGGGAGUGCCCAGCCACAAACAAGCACGGAGAGUGCCCAGCCACAAACAAGCGUUGAGAGUACCUUGUGCGAAACAAGCAUAAAGAGUAUCAUCAAGCAGCGAAUAAUAGCGGCGAGUGCCCAGCGACAAACAAGCACGGAGAGUGCCCAGCCACAAACAAGCACGGGGAGUGCCCAGCCACAAACAAACACGGGGAGUGCCCAGCCACAAACAAGCACGGAGAGUGCUCAGCCACAAACAAGCACGGAGAGUGCCCAGCCACAAACAAGCGUUGAGAGUACCUUGUGCGAAACAAGCAUAAAGAGUAUCAUCAAGCAGCAAAUAAUAGCGGCGAGUGCCAAUAGACCUGAACUGCAGAUCAUCGCACUGCCAAUGGUAAGGCAGCCAGUUACGGAAGACGGGCGUCAAAUAAUAACACACAGAACUGAUUUUCUUUAUACAUGGACGAUCGGCAACUACAGUGAAAGUUCCGAAUUGAUUGCAGAAAAAUUUGAAUCAACGGUAUUUCCAGACCAAGACCCGGACAGCUCACAACACUUCUCGUGGAGUCUAGAGUUAUAUCCCAGAGGCUCCAAUCCGCAAUUCGACGAAUAUAUAUCAAUGAAGAUACUGUGCAGAAAUCCAUACAAGAGGUACAUCAAAGCUGAGUGCCAAUUUGAAAUCGAAAACUGCAAACAUGAAAAGUCGCAUGUUAUGCAGUGUAAGUUUCACUACGUGGAAACGGGAGUGUAUACGAUUGAAAAGUGGUUGAAAAGAGACAUACUUGAACAAGAAAAGGAGACUCUGUUGCCAAACGGAGUGUUGAAGAUAAUUUGUCAAAUAAGAACUUACAUAAGGACUACCAGUACUACGAACAUAACUGAAGACAGUCUAUUUGCAUUGUCUGAAGAUAUAAAAAAACUUUAUCUUAAUCCGAAGUUUAGUGACUAUACACUUAUUUCACGGAAACACAAGUUUCCAGUUCACAAAUCUAUAUUAUCAGCCAGAAGUACGAUUUUCAAAUUAAUGUUCAAAUGCGAUACCGACUCAGUUUCGACAAAAAUAAGCGACGUCAAUACCGGAGUUUUAAAGGAACUGUUGCGUUACAUUUAUACUGAUCGAGUAAAAAAUUUGAAAAAACACGCAAUGAAAUUAAUGAUGGCAAGUGACCUUUACGGUGUUUACGGCUGCAAGGUUAUGUGUGAAAAGGUUAUUUGUAAUGAUUUAAAGGCUGAUGAGGCACUGGAUCUUCUUGUGAUCUGUCAUAAUCAUGCCGCUAGGUAUCUCGAAGAAGAAGUUCGGAGAUUUAUUUACGCUAAUGCAAGAGAUGUAGUUAAUUCACCAAGCUACAAAAUGGUAAGAAGAAAAAAUUAUCCGAUCUUACGUUCUGUUCUUGAAACCCUGGCAUCGUGGAAAACUCAAGAGGAAUCUAAGAAUUUAUUGUGAUGGCUAAGGGUAAUUCAAAUGGUCAAUUGCUGUCGAGAUUAUUAGUAUUAGUAUUGAAUUCAUGUAUUUGGUUCUGUAUUUUUUAAACUGUAUGCGCUCAAGAUCUUCAAACUUAUUUUUUUAAUAGUGCAACCACUUGGACUUGAUAAUCAAGCUAUAUUUUUACUUUUAUAGCUCGUAACAUAGUUUUAAUAAACUAAACAGUUUUUUAACAGUGCAAUGACUUAGACUUGAUAAUCAAGCUAUAUUUUUACUUGUAUAGCUUGUACCAUAGUUUUAAUAAACUGAACAUAUUAUACACUUAAA